GCACACGUUGAAUAUUUAGUUUGCGAUUUUGAUCACACGGUUAUAGUUGUUUUCUCUCAAUUUACGUGUUGCUGAUGAUGAAAAGAGUUUUGUCGAAAUGCAUACAAAAGUUCAUUGAAUCUUGUUAUAAAUAAAUAAUAUUCUUCCAUUGUGAAAUCAAUCUAAAGUGCUUUUUUACUUUCAGCGAUUUAAUUUAUCGCUACAUCACGGUUCACUGUUCACAAACUAUGAUUUAUUAUCUGAAAACGCAUAUGGAAAUGUUCCAUCAGUUGUCAUUUACAUAAACAAUAAAAUUGCUAAGCGUAAAAAUAAAAUAAAGACGCGUUUUAUUCCUGAGCACAAAGGCAAUCAAAAACAAUAAUAAUUUUCAAAUAUUUGAAGAAAUAUUCAACAAGAGUCUUAUAGAAUCCAUAACAUUCGCUAUCAGAAAUGGGACACUCCGUUGGGCAGGCAUUCAAGAAGGAAAUUAACAAAGACAAUAUUACAAACACACUGUCAAAUGUCGAAAAGGCUGAACCACAAAAGAUUACGUAUCCAAAACGAAUAUUUCUUAUCAUUGGCAAUGAAUUUUGUGAGCGAUUUAAUUUCAAUGGAAUGAAAGCAAUUUUGGCGCUUUACUUGAAAGACAAACUCGGUUUUACUGAGAAUGAUGCCACAGUACUGUUUCAUACAUUGGUAAUGAUGUUGUACUUCACGUGCAUUUUUGGAGCCAUUUUGUCUGACGUGUGGUUGGGAAAAUUCAAAAUCAUUGUUUAUUUAUCAAUUUUAUACGCCAUUGGAAGCACAAUCAUUUCAAUCGGUGUUAUCCCAACCAUUGCAAUAUCACCUAAAAUUGCACUUUACAUCGGAUUGAUAUUUAUCGCUUUAGGUAGCGGUGGUAUAAAAUCAUGUGUUAUUGCUCUUGGAGGUGAUCAAUUUAAAUUGCCUGAACAAAGCGAACAAAUGACCACUUAUUUCUCCAUGUUUUACUUUACGACUCAUGCUGGUGCAUUCGUUUCAACAUUGAUCAUUCCCAUUCUAAGAUCAGACAUACAUUGUUUCGGUGAAAAUGUUUGCUAUUCGCUUGCAUUUGGAGUACCCGCAUUGCUUAUGAUUACAGCUAUACUGCUCUUCAUACUGGGUAAAUCAUCUUACACAUAUGUUCAAACGUCAUCCGAAAAUAUGUUGAUGCAAAUGUUGAAAUGCAUAUGGAAUGCAAUGAUCGUCAAACGCCGCGAGGGAAAAACUAAGCCACGUGAAAAUUUGCUUGAUUAUUCGAUUGAAACGUAUGGAGAACAAAUGGUGAAUGAGACGCGAAUCAUGUUAAAAAUUUUGGUACUUUAUUUACCUGUGCCUUUCUUUUGGGCAUUACAUUUUCAAACUGGGUCACGUUGGACGUUUCAAGCGAAUAAAAUGAACGGUGACAUUCAAUUCUACACUAUCAAACCGGAUCAAAUGCAAAUGAUUGAAUCAAUAUUUAUACUCACAUUCAUUCCAUUGUGUGAGCUUGUUAUUUAUCCAUUGUUGAGCAAAAUCGGUAUACGACGUCCAUUACAGAAACUUACAAUUGGUGGCAUUUUGAUGGGAAUCUCAUUCGUCCUAUCUGCAGGUGUCCAAUACCAAAUUGAAUCGAUGCCGCUAAAUUCUGUGAAUAUGUUGUGGCAAAUACCACAGUACGUUUUUCUGACUAUGGGCGAAGCCGUGCUCGCAGUAACCGGCCUAUCGUUUUCAUAUGAAGAAGCUCCACAGAGCAUGAAAUCGGUUGUAUUAUCAUUUUGGUAUUUUGAAGUUGCUCUUGGUAAUAUAAUUCUCAUUUUUAUAGCCGGAUUGGAAUUGUUUGAAUCGCGUACAUAUGAAUUUCUUUUUUUCUCGGUAUUAAUGUUUUGCAGUAUGUUUGUAUUCGCAGUUCUUGCUUAUAAUUAUGAAAAAUUAAAAAAAACUGAAAAAACUUCCUUUCAAUCACGUUUUAUUAAAUGAUGCGAAAAAAGAGAAAAUUUAAAUUAC